AUGACCAGUUCCGUCACAGUGGACUCGGAGAAAGAUGACCGCAUCCCUGUGGUCUUCACCUGGACGCACGGAGGUCAAAACGUUUUUCUGGCCGCGAGUUUCAACGGCUGGCGAGAUCAGAUCCCCAUGGUCCGGUCCGGGCAAGAGUUCUCGGUGGUGCAGGAACUUCCCAGAGGCGUGCAUCAGUACAAGUUCAUCGUGGACGAUCAGUGGCGCUUUGCCCCUGACCAGCCCCGAAUGCAAGAUAGCCAGGGAAACAUGAACAAUGUGCUGGACAUCUCAGCUUAUCAACGAUUCCAGGUGUCGCUUCUGGAGGAGAAGGAAGCUCCCUUGAAGUUCGGUCAGCUGAUACCGGAUCCCAACGACUACACCUUGGAUGCGCCCGUGGUGCCCAUGGUCCUGGGGAAGAGCACCUAUGCUGCUAUACCCACGCGGUUGGCUCCGGGCCAGGGUCCAAUGAACAUCCCCACGCACUGCCUCUGUGACCACAUCUAUCUGCGGGAGCAUAGUGAUGAUGCUCCUUUCGUGGUAUCGGUUACGCACCGCUACGGCCAAAAGUAUUCUACAACUGUUUACGUGGCUCGUAGCAGUUUCGGAGAUUCAGAGAGGAGUCUCCCCACUGGCUUCAACCCUUUGAAAGCGGCCAUUCGCAGAACCGCGAAGUGCAGCGUGUGA